AUGUUUCGCCUUGUUAAUAGGCGUUUAGCCGCUAACCGUGAGCUUGAGAGCUUGAAGCAGGAGUUUAAUCAAUGUUCACUCCCCACGGAGUUCGUCUACAGGAUUGUAGUGUCAUGUGUGGAUGAAAUCUUAGAUAGAGGGCUCAAUCAUCCUUUUAUACUCAAGAACCCAUACCCUGCCUCUGUCGUCGCAGGGAUGAUCACCUUGAUGGCUGACCCUGAGCGACGGGAUCUGUUUUCACUCAAGUGUAUGAGGAUCGACACUGUCGCAGGCGUCAUGCUCACAGCCCUCAAGAACCUCCGAGAGGCCAUUGUCCCUAGAGAGAUUCAGGAUGAGUUGACUUCAAUGCCAACAACACCAACAACUAGCAACCAGAGUAUAAACAAGAUCAGCACAGUCAACUCAUUACUUAACCAUCCCAGCUUCCCAUCUGUGAACAAAGCCUUAUUAAUGGAGCUAUUGAAUCUGUCGCUCGCAAUUCUCAAUCGGUCUAGCUUUAAUCGAAUCAAACCAGACAUGUUGGCUUCGAUUCUCGGCCCUCAUAUCUUUACUACACAACAUGCUACCAUCUUACAGCACACCCCACAGCAGGCUUACUCCUUUGGAUGGGGUGUCGCGCUCGUCAACGACAUUAAGCGCUGCUCAAAAAUGUUUUAUGUUCUACUAGGCGGAUACAGACGCGAAGUCUUGGGUAGCGUGGAGGACUGCUUCUGGGAAUAUGAUCCAGGGAUGGCAAUGAACUCAGGUGGCACGCCCUUGCCUGCACCCCUAUCCGAUGGCAGUGUGGGCCAUUGGCUUGGGUCGACAGCAACUAUUCAUGUUGGCGGACUGAGAAGAGCCUCUUCUUCAAGCUUGGACAUAAUUGAUAAUCAUGGAACACAUUCUAGCCAAAAAAACCGCCAAGAAUUCUAUCAAAGUGUGCCUCAGCUCCUUCCUGUACCGAACUGCUCCUCCAGCGCCAGCAGCAAUAACGCUAGCUAUUUAUAUGUCCCUGGCUCUGCUGCACGGCCAUCUCUAUCUCGCUAUAGCAUGGUCGGUAAUAUAUCCACGACUCUCUCCGAAUCCAUCCGCGCUGCUGCUGCUAAAGAGGCAAAUCACUGGAAUACUAGCAAAAAAAAUUCCGAGUCCAAAGGCCCAGCAGCAUUAGUGCAUUUGCGAGAGCCAAGGCACACCAACAACAACAGGAAGCAAUAUUAUAGAUCACAAGGAAUAGUGACGACCGUGGAGCAACGUCAGCAAGAGCUAUUUCAACGGCGAUUUGAAGAGAAGCAUAGGACCGGCUUCGAUGAUGCUGCCAUAGACAAUAGAGAUAGUUCUGAGUUGGGUAAUCUAUUCCGUCGCUACAAUAUUCAGAACGAGACCGUUGGAGAUAUGACAUGGAGACGCGAAGAGAAAAGACAGGAGAUUGAACGUAUGAUCCGAGAUUGCCGUGGCACUGGGUUGAUUUUUGAGACGAGGCGGAGUGAUGACGCGAUGUCACGUUCUUAG